CCUCAGUUCACCCGACACUUCCAAAAGAAGAAUGACGGCCGGUGGAAGCAACAGUUGAGAUGGCUGAGUUCGUCAGCCAUUAAAACCGUCUUAAAUGCCGUUUUAAGUGUCAUUUCCGAGCUCUGACAUGAUCGACACGCCUUUCACCCCGUUAUAUCUGAUCAUCUGACAGCGGUUUUGCUAAAGGAAGGAAACGGGAGAGGAAAAGGGACCGACUGCGCACUGCUGGCCCGCUAAACACACACUAGUUCACUUAAAAGGGCACGAUUGUUUUGGGACAUUCCUAAAAGCAACAUUUUAAAUCAAAACAAGUAUUAAUAUUAAUCAGAGAUGUCUAAUACUACGUAAAAGUUUAGUAAGUUUAAUAUUAAAGUUUGUUUACGUUCGUUCCAUAAGUUCGAAGUUUUGUUUUGCUAAUCGAUUAAUUGCUAAUCGCUCGAUCAUGGCCACUGAUGUCAUAAUAUCGAGCGGUGAAGUUUCCAAUCAGAGCGAUAUGAACGCCAACAGAACUGAUCCCGAAUCAGACACACCCAACCGGACAUCUGAGAGUCCAGAAAACAGAAAUAUAAGCAGCGCCGCAUCUUUAUCGACUUCUUCGGUUCGAACCGGGGAAGAGGAGCCGCACGAGGACUCGGUAACGGGGAUUUCGGUGGCGAAUGGAAACCGAGCAGGAGAUCCGCAGCAGGAAACAGAAAACACCGCGGAGACUCCAGACAAUAGACAAAAACAAGGCGUGAGGACAUCAACUCCUGUGAGACUGCUGCACACAUCUGCGGGACAACACAAUGGAAGCUUUGAGCACCAGGAGUCGGUGGCGACCACAGAGGCGCGGCUGAGGAUGGAGGGGGUGGAGCUUAAAGAGGAGUGGCAGGAUGAGGAUUUCCCCAGGCCACUUCCUGAGGAGGAAGAUAUUCAUCUUGAUGAAGAGUUUUACAGUGGUGAAGGAGCACCUGCGUCCCAGUCUUACGGACUAAACAGUGCAAAGAAAACCAAAAGGAAACUCUUGGCUCCGGAAAUCAGUCUGAAUCUUGACCACAGCGAAGGCUCGGUGCUGUCAGAUGAGCUGGAUGAGAGCACAGAACUGGACCUGGAUGAUAUCGACACUCCUUCUGAAAACAGCAAUGAGUUUGAGUGGGAAGGUAACCUUCACAUGUUAAGGAAGAAUCUGAAGUCUCUGAUAAUCGUUCACCCGUCCUGGUUUAUCCGCACCCUGCUGGCCCUCACAAAACCUUUUAUAAGCUCCAAAUUCAGCCAGAAAAUCAAGUUUGUGUACAGUCUGACAGACCUGGCCGAGCUGGUCCCGAUGGAGUACGUAUCCAUCCCAGACUGCAUUAAACAGUUUGACGAAGAAAAAAAUAGGAAAAAACAUAAAAGGAUUGAUCGGGACAUGCAUGGAAAAGCGGAGAUCGCCACUGCUGCGGUGCCGGAGUGAAGCCUGCGAAGCUGGAAGAAUAGAAGAAUGUAUUGGGUUUCUUUUAACUGGAGAACGCAAGAUCUUGAUGUCAAAGUGCCUUUUAAAGAGAUAGUUCAGACCUAAAAUGUAAAUUCAACCAUAAUUUUUUUUCAUAAAGUCAUUCCAAAUAUGACUUCUUUUUUCUGUGGAACUAUAAAAGAAGAUGUUUUGCAGAAUGUCCAAGCUGCUCUUUCAGCAUCCAAUCACGCUUACUUAAAGGGAUAGUUCACGCAAAACUGACAAUGUACUCACUAUUUACUCAGUGAUUAUGACCCUUUCUUAAUCUGUUGAAAACAGACAUUUUGAAGAAUGUUGAAAACCUGUAACCAUCCACAUACAUUGUAGGAAAACAAACAUUAUGGAAGUCAAUUAUGAUAGGUGUUCAGCUUUCUUUGAAAUAUCUUUCUUUGUGUUCAAAAGAACUCGAGACAAGGGUGAUUAGAUGAUGAUAGUGUUUUCAUUUUUUGAUGAACUGUAUCUUUAAAUGUACCGAGCAGCAUCAGAACACUCAUACAAAUGCUUUUUUAAAGGGAUAAAUCACCCCAAAAAAUGUAAAUUCUGCCAUCAUUCAACUGAAAAAGAUGUUUUGCAGAAUGUCCAGGCUACUGCUCCUGUCCAGAAAAUGUAAAUUCUGCCUUCAUUUUA